CAUUUACAAGCAUACACUCUCAUGUUGGAUAAUCUUCUAUAUUUGUGUUUUGUCUAAAGUAUACAAGGUCAUUAACAUGCUUUACCUUGAUUUAUCAGCAGUAGAAAAGUCGCUUGAGGUUGGAAAGUCCGUGUCCUUUAAAGUGAACUGUGAUGAUAAAAGUCUUUUAUCUGUUAAAGGUGGAUUUUGUGUAAAUGUUCAAGCAGACCAUGGUGACUACGAAAAUGUUGCAUUUCAUUUCAACCCAAGAGCACCGACAUCAAGAGUUGUAUUGAAUACGCGCACUGAUAAAAAAUGGCAGACAGAAAUAUACAUUAAAGACAAGAAUGUGAAGAGCGAGUACUUCGACCAUCCCUUUGAUUUGACAAUUGAAGUGAAGACUAAAAAUCACAUACUCAUUUCUGUGAAUGGAGAUUUAAAAACAGGAUAUGACUGUAAAGACGAUAUAACAAAAAUGAAAUAUCUUUGUUAUUCAAGUGGUGUAAGCAUUGCUCUUGAUGAAUGAGGUACAAUGACGUUUUUGAUUUUUUAGUUUUAGUUGUUUUUUUUUACUUUGA